GGGAGGGAGCAGAAGUGAGGGAACUCCGUCGUUCUCGGCGCGCACUCGCUCGCGGUCGAGAGUCGAGUCCCCUGGAAGCUGCUCCUCGCCGCCUUGUUUUGGGCUCCGUGAGCCGAAAGGGGCAGGGCAGAAGAAGGCGACACAAACACGCCGCGGGAAGAGCGCGGCCCCUGCCGCUGCCGGCGUGCGCUUACUAGCGCGGGCUCAGUACUGGCGCGGGAGGCGGAGGCGGGCGGCGCCUGCGCGGUCGGGCUCGGUCGACAGUUCGCAGGGGAGGAGGCGGCGGGAGGCGGAGGAGGCGGCGGCGGCGAUGGAGGUGAAGCGGCUGAAAGUGACCGAGCUGCGGUCGGAGCUGCAGCGGCGGGGCCUGGAUUCGCGCGGCCUCAAGAUGGAUCUGGCGCAGCGGCUUCAGGAGGCGCUGGAUGCUGAGAUGCUGGAGGACGAGGCCGGCGUUGGCGGCGCCGGGCCCGGCGGGGCCUGCAAGGCGGAGCCUCGGCCUGUGGCCGCGUCGGGCGGAGGCCCGGGCGGGGACGAGGAGGACGACGAGGAGGAGGAGGAGGAGGAGGAGGAGGAGGACGAGGAGGCGCUGCUUGAGGACGAAGACGAGGAGCCACCUCCUGCUCAGGCUUUGGGCCAGGCCGCGCAGCCUCCUCCGGAGCCCCCGGAGGCGUCAGCCAUGGAGGCCGAACCCGAAUCCUCCGACACACCGGCGGAGGCCACGGCCGGGUCAGGUGGGGUAAACGGUGGUGAAGAGCAUGAGACCGGCAAGGGGGAGGAAGACGGGCCGGAGGAACGGAGCGGGGAUGAGACGCCGGGAUCCGAGGCACCGGGUGACAAGGCCACAGAGGAACAAGGAGAUGACCAGGAUAGUGAAAAGUCAAAACCAGCAGGCUCAGAUGGUGAGCGGCGGGGGGUAAAGAGACAGCGGGAUGAGAAGGAUGAACAUGGCCGAGCUUACUAUGAAUUCCGAGAGGAGGCUUACCACAGCCGCUCGAAGUCUCCACCACCUCCAGAAGAAGAAGCAAAAGAUGAAGAGGAGGAUCAGACUCUUGUGAACCUGGACACAUAUACCUCGGAUCUCCAUUUUCAAAUAAGCAAAGACCGAUAUGGAGGGCAGCCACUUUUCUCAGAAAAAUUUCCUACCCUUUGGUCUGGGGCAAGGAGUACUUAUGGAGUAACAAAGGGAAGAGUAUGCUUCGAGGCCAAGGUAACACAGAAUCUCCCAAUGAAAGAAGGCUGCACAGAAGUUUCUCUACUCAGAGUUGGGUGGUCUGUUGAUUUUUCCUGUCCACAGCUUGGUGAAGAUGAAUUCUCUUAUGGUUUUGAUGGAAGAGGACUCAAGGCAGAGAAUGGGCAGUUUGAGGAAUUUGGCCAGACUUUUGGGGAGAAUGAUGUCAUUGGCUGUUUUGCUAAUUUUGAGACUGAAGAAGUAGAACUUUCCUUCUCCAAGAAUGGAGAAGACCUGGGUGUGGCAUUCCGGAUCAGCAAGGAAUCUCUAGCAGAUCGAGCCCUUCUACCCCAUGUCCUGUGCAAAAAUUGUGUCAUAGAAUUAAACUUCGGUCAGAAGGAAGAGCCCUUUUUCCCACCACCAGAAGAGUUUGUGUUCAUCCAUGCUGUGCCUGUUGAGGAGCGUGUACGGAUUGCAGUUCCUCCUAAGACCAUAGAGGAGUGUGAGGUGAUUCUGAUGGUAGGACUCCCUGGAUCUGGGAAGACCAAGUGGGCACUAAAGUAUGCAAAAGAAAACCCUGAGAAAAGAUACAAUGUCCUGGGAGCUGAGACUGUGCUCAAUCAAAUGAGGAUGAAGGGGCUGGAAGAGCCAGAGAUGGACCCCAAGAGCCGAGACCUCUUAGUUCAGCAAGCUUCCCAGUGCCUUAGUAAGCUAGUCCAGAUUGCUUCCCGAUCAAAGAGGAACUUCAUUCUUGAUCAGUGUAAUGUGUACAACUCUGGCCAACGAAGGAAGUUAUUGCUGUUCAAGACCUUCGCCAGGAAAGUGGUGGUGGUUGUCCCUAAUGAGGAAGAUUGGAAGAAGAGGCUGGAGUUGAGAAAAGAAGUGGAGGGAGAUGAUGUGCCUGAGUCUAUAAUGCUGGAGAUGAAAGCCAACUUCUCUCUACCUGAGAAAUGCGAUUAUAUGGAUGAGGUGACAUAUGGGGAGCUGGAAAAAGAAGAAGCCCAACCCAUUGUUACUAAAUACAAGGAGGAAGCAAGGAAGCUGCUGCCCCCCUCUGAGAAGCGGACAAACCGCAGGAACAAUCGCAACAAGAGAAACCGGCAGAACCGAAGCAGAGGCCAAGGCUAUGUGGGCGGGCAGCGCCGAGGCUACGACAACCGGGCCUACGGGCAGCAGUACUGGGGGCAGUCUGGAAACAGAGGGGGCUACCGUAAUUUCUAUGAUCGAUACCGGGGUGACUAUGAUCGAUUCUACAGACAAGACUAUGAGUACAACAGAUACAGAGACUAUUACAGACAAUACAACCGGGAUUGGCAGAAUUACUACUAUCACCACCAACAGGACAGAGACCGAUACUACAGGAACUACUACGGUUACCAAGGGUAUCGGUGAAGCCCCUGCUGUUUUCACCUGUCAGCCAUGAAGCUGAAGCUCUGGGGAUGCCAAGCAUCCCCCAAAACACAACCAAGGAAAACAGGGGCUGUUGGGGUGGGGCUGAGCUGCC